AUGGCUGUGACUCGGCGAGUAAAGGAGCUUGGGAGGGCUGGCAAGGCUCGUGAGGCAUUGCAGCAGUUGGCAGAGAUGGCCAGGCUGGGAGUUCAGCCGGACCCAAUGCUCGGCACAGCCCUUGUGGAUGCCUGUGCCAGAAGUGGGCAGAUGCAGAUGGCACAGGCGGCGUUUGAGGAGCUAUUUGAUGCCCUGCUGGAGCCAGAUGACGUGACAUUCGCAGUCCUUGUGCGCGGAUAUGGAGAGGCAGAGCCCCCGCAGUGGUUGGCAAUCAGCGGACUCUUGUCAAAAAUGCAGAGCAAGUUUAACCUGAAACCAAGCACAGCUACGUUCAACGUUUUGUUGGAGGUCUGUGCCCGCACAAAGGACCUAACACGCGGCUAUGAGGUGAUCGAGCGCAUGGAGCGCGCUGGAGUCUUGCCAGAUGAGCAGUCAGUGGAAGCUGUCAAGAAUCGGCGAGCGUUGCGCACCCACUUGAAGCGGACGUUCAAUUUCUAA